ACGGUUGAGUGUUGGAACUCUUUAUAAAGAUUUCGUUAUGUGCCAGUAUUUUUAUUGUCGGUUAUCGGAAAUGUCAAACUUUUUUAAUGUUUUACAAGACUAUUGAGAUGGGUGUACCUAAAUAAAAAUUGGCGUGUGGUUCCCGGAACUUAAGAAAAAUGUUCUUUCUCCUGGCUUCAGUCCCGGUUGCAUCCACACCACUCUGGAGAGGAGAGCCAGGUAUCACGAAAUUUUCUGACUUAACCCAAGAAGAAUAUACCCAAAGAUAUUCCUGCCUCGGUCCAAAAUCAACCGAAAUUCGUUGUCAACGAGGAACUGUGUUUUUGUCCAAUACUUCGUCGUCUUACGGAGAGAGUUUCGACUGGCGUUCCAGAAACGCUGUUACUUCAGUCAAGAAUCAGGGAAUGUGCAAUUCUUGCUAUGCCUUUUCAACGAUUGGUAACUUAGAAGGACAAGUUGCAAUAAAAUAUAACAAACUAUUGGACUUUUCGGUUCAGCAACUCAUUGACUGUGACCAAACUUGCAUGGGCUGUAAUAAUGGUUGGAUGAGCAAUGCUGGGAUGUAUCUGGUAAAUGCUGGUGGUGCUAUGCUCCACAGCACUUAUCCUUACACGGGCAGGCGAGGACAAUGCAGGUUCGACAGGUCCCAGGUCGUGGCCAGGGUGACUGGGUGCAGACAGUUCCCUUAUCUCCAAGAAGACCAACUCAAGACACUUCUGGAAACAACGGGUCCAAUUAGUAUUGCCGUAGACUCCAAAAACUUCAGGCAAUACAGAGGUGGUAUUUUCUAUCAAUGCGGACAGCAAAUAGAUCAUGCUGUCUUAUUGGUGGGCUACGGUGUAGAGAAUGGUGUCCCUUACUGGACCAUAAAAAAUACUGCUGGAGCAGAAUUCGGUGAAGCUGGUUACAUAAGGAUUCUGAGGGGUCAGAACGCAUGUGGUAUUAUUAAUGAGCAAAUAGUGUCACUAGUUGUGGGCUGA